GUCGACCGGUAAACGCGUGUCGCUCGUCGCGCCAACUUUACGCGAGUGUUGUGAGUGAGUGAUGAUGCUGCGCGCCGGGGCCCUGCUCGCCACCGCGGCGCUCGCGCUGGCGGCGUCCCCGCCCGACCCUUGCUACGAGGACGGCCGUCCGCGCCGCUGCAUCCCCGACUUCGUCAACGCCGCCUUCGGAGCCCCCGUGGUGGCUUCCUCCGUGUGCGGCCGCCGCGGGCCCGAGCGCCUGUGCGACCCUCCCGGCGAGCAGCCCGCCGAGGCCGCGUGCCGUGUGUGCGACGCCGCGCGCUCCGACCGCCGCCAUUUCGCCACGCACCUCACCGACCUCAACAACCCUCACGACGUCACCUGCUGGCGCUCCGGCGCACUCGCCCCGGCCUCCUACGACUCUCCUCCCGACAACGUCUCGCUGACCCUCUCCCUCGGCAAGAAGUACGAGCUGACCUACGUCAGCCUGCAGUUCUGCCCGAAAGCAGCCCGACCGGAUUCUGUCGCGAUCUUCAAGAGCGCCGAUUACGGGGUGACCUGGCAACCGUUUCAGUUCUACUCGAGCCAGUGCAGAAGGGUGUACGGGAGGCCUAAUAAGGCGACGGUGACUGCCGCCAACGAGCAGGAGGCUCGAUGCUCAGAUUCGCACAGAUUGACCGGGGAGAGCGCCGGGGGUGCGAGGUUGGCGUUUAGCACUUUGGAAGGUCGCCCGAGCGCGGCCAACUUUGAUGUUUCCCCGGUGUUGCAAGACUGGGUGACGGCGACAGACGUGCGGGUGGUGUUCAACCGGCUGCACAUGAUGAACGAGGGCGAGGAGGUGGACAGCAAGAAGCAGGCGGCCGCGGGGACGCAGCAUUACGCGGUUUCCGAUUUCGCGGUCGGCGGUCGAUGCAAGUGUAACGGCCACGCGUCGCGCUGUAUCCCGAUGAAGGAGGGCGCUGCCACCCCCGGCACGGGCGUGCAGCAGCUGGCGUGUGACUGCAAGCACAACACGGCAGGCAGGGACUGCGAGAGGUGCAAGCCUUUCCACUUCGACCGGCCCUGGGGGCGCGCCACGGCUCGUGACGCCAACGAAUGCAAAGAAUGCAACUGCAACGGGCACGCGCGCCGCUGUCGGUUUAACAUGGAGUUGUACAAGUUGUCGGGCCGCGCCAGUGGUGGCGUUUGCCUCAAGUGCCGACAUUACACUGCUGGAAGACAUUGCCACUACUGUCGCGAGGGUUACUACCGCGACCCCACGAAGCCCAUCACCCACAAGAAGGCCUGCAAACCCUGCGACUGCCACCCAGUGGGUGCGAGCGGCAAGACCUGCAACCAAACCAGCGGGCAAUGCCCCUGCAAGGACGGCGUUACCGGCACCACCUGCAACCGUUGCGCCAAGGGCUACCAGCAGUCCCGGAGCCACAUCGCGCCUUGCAUACGUAUCCCGCGCGUGGUGACGGCGGUGCAGGCGAUGGAGGCGGUCGAGGGCGAGCCGGGCCGCGCCGCGGAGCAGUGCGGCCGGUGCCGCGCCGGCGCACGCACGCUAAAUCUCAACAAGUUCUGCAGCCGAGACUACGUCAUAAUGGGUCGCGUGGUGGGUCGCGAGGCGGCCGCGGGCGGCGAGUGGUCGCGGCUGGCGCUGGGCGUGCAGGCCGUGUACAAGCGCGGGCCGCGCAGCCGCCUGCGCCGCGGCACCACGCCGCUCUACGUGCGCACGCACGACCUCGCCUGCAAGUGCCCUAAGCUCAAGCUCAACAAGUCGUACCUAAUCCUAGGAGUGGAAAAAGAAGGGGCAUCGAAUGGUCUACCAGGGCUGACGAUCGGCGAGAGAACACUGCUUCUGGAAUGGCGCGAUGACUGGCAUCGACGCAUACGUCGCCUGCAGCGCCGCGCCAUCAACUGCCACUAGCCAGCCAAUCUGAGCGAAGCAGCGCCCAACCGGCGGUUUCCCGACUAAUCAGCGGUCAGUCAGCGGUCUUAGCCAACCAAUCAGAGGAGCCAGCAGCUUCAAUGUUCUUGUUGUAUCGUAAGGUGAAUCCGUCUUGUUCCGUGCGUCAUGUGGGCUGGAGAUGUUUCAGAGAAUCAGAAAUGUGGAAUAUAAACAUUUGGAUUAUUAUCGUGUAUUUCGUGUAUUUCACUUUUUUGCGAAUGCCGAAUAUUAUUUUUGUACUUUUUUGCCACAGCGUAAAUAAAUAUCUCGAGUUAACCAUGUACAUAGGUACAUUUUACAAUUUGAAUUAUCUAUUCGUUGUAAUUUUUCAGUAAAAAUGAGUGGAUAUAACAAUAAAUUGUGAUUCUCUGAGUCGUCGUCAAAGUCCACAAUUGUUUUAAUAACUGUUACUGCCAAUAUAUCGUGCUGUUCUACAAUAACACCUAGUCGGUUAGGAUUUAGAUCACAAAAUGCCAGAUUCUUUAUUCUGGCUUCAAGCGUGCCAAUGUCAAACAUCUUUUCACCUCUCCAGCACGAAAAGGGUACUUUCUUGAGUAAAAACAGUGAGGAAAAACGCGUUUUAUUCGUUUGCUAGACAAAGUGGCUGGUUGAUUUGGAGGAGGCAAUUGAACUUAGCCAUACAGCCUGACCUACAGUGUAAACUUGGCACUCAACUAUGUAAGUUGCUUAUUGAAAUUACUGUUGCCUUUUUAAAAACAAAAUCUUUAAAAUAAUCACUGGUAAACAUUAAUUUACUUUAUGUUUAUCAUGUUUGGUUGUCAUAAAAACGUUAUUCUUAAAAUACCUUUUUUAAAAAAAUACAAAACAAAAUGGCGCGAUUCAAAUGUCUACUACAAUUUUUAUGAUAUAUGGCGAAAAUGAGUACGCCAAGUUAUGAGAACAAGUGUCUAGAAAAGAUAUGACAGAACAGGUUUGUAAUGCUACUUAG